GCAUGAGUCGUGCCAAACCCAACAAAGUCCGCCCACCCCCUGAGUAGCGCAGCACUUGAUAUUACUCCAACUCACUCCAAAUGGGUUUAGAGAAAGACACACUUCAUGUCGUUAUACGCUUACCAUUCAAACGUCCAGCUGGAUUUGUAGAACCACCUCCCAUUGUCUGGACAGACGAUAUGGAACACCGCUUGUGGCGGUACAUGAGUCAGAAACAAACCGACUGGAAUGCUAUUGCCGAGCAAUUGGGCAUGCCGACGUCGUAUGUUGUUCGUCAUGCCGCUUUUAUUCACGAGACUCAGCUACGUGGGCUUCACCAACAGUUGCGACUCAGUGAGGUAGGCAAAGCAACUUAUACACCUCCGCCAAGUCAUCGAAGCACUCAAAGCCGACCCUCCAGUACAAAUACAUGGCAAGGCACGCCACCUUCUCGUGCGACCUUACAAACGUCGUCCAUUUGGAAAGAACCCGGCGAAGGUGUUUCUAUGACUGCAACCGAAAGUGACGGCCAGGAACGAUCGAGUCAACUCACACCUACCCAAAGUAUGCCUACCCGUCAUGAUCUGGGAUCAUCCACACCCACCUCGCUGCAGCCACUGAACAUUCGGGAUGAUUCCAUGAUGUUGUCAACCAUUUCCAGUAUUACACCGCGUCAACCUUCAAGUGGGAAACCUACCUCAUCGAGAACUAUCACUGGCAAUGACCAAUCGCAAUUAUCGAGCAGCGAUUCGGCCAGUGUGGGCGAAUCCAUCUACAAAAGCUUUGCUAGUUCCCAUCACAGUCGAGCGUUUCAAUCAUCCGAAACACCUGGUGCCCUCUCACGGUCCUCCAUCCAUUCCGUAUCCUUGGGCCGCAGCACUAGCACAGCACCAAAAUCAGAUCAUGAUCGACGAACCGAUCGGCGGACCGAUCGACGGAAUAUACCGUAUGACGAAGAAGAAAAUCAGGGCGAUAGCGAUGACGACGAGGACGACGAUGAUGAUGAUGAUGAGGAAGAUGGUGAUAACGAAGAAGAUGAUGAAGAUGACGAGCAGCGUGAAAAUGAAGAUUUUAGCAGCCAUUUUGAAAAGAUGCGACUUCAAUUGGAAGAGCCGGCGUUUUUGCCAGCACGUAAAACAUCGUAUUCGAUGCAAAAUCUGAUUCGAUCUCGCAAUGACAUUUCUGCAAGUUCGGUUUCAGGGUCGGCUCGGCCCUCGACGACGAUGCGUGGGUCUCAUGAUUUGCGGCAAGAGAGAGCGCUGGAAGAGGAGCCUAGGGAGGAUAGUUUAGGCAUGCAAGCUGGGGGGUCAAGGGCGGGUCCUCCGCGUCAAAAAUCGAAACAAACCACCGAUAAAGUAUUUGGUCCCAGCAUGACUCGUACCUCUACUGCUUCUACUCCACCGUUCAUGGGUCAAACGCCUCCGACCGGCACUAUUUCUGACGAUUCCGGCAAGGAAAAUACAAGCGCCCUGAAUUCAGUAGGGUCCUCAUUUAGCGAUCUGUCUGAUACUUCUAUUACUCAAUCUGCGCUGGAGGAUGCGUACAUGUCUAAAUUCAACAAUGGAUCCAAAAUGUCCAUGUUGGCCUUUUCUCGUAAAUAUUCCUAGAUUCAUUUUUCUCCUUAUUCGACAAAUCAAUCAGAUAAUCUCAUCACACACGCAACAUCAUCCUACCCCACUCUUUCCAAACCCACCCAUCUCUGUAUACUCCGCUCAUUUUCCUUACAAUAAAACAGAGCAUGCUGUCACAAUGGCACCGUGCCAUGACUGAAUCCAUUGUUG